GAGAGAGGGAGGGGCCACAGGCCCACAUUCAUUGACAGCAGGUCUCAUUGCGCAGUGUAAUAGGCUGAGUUAUAUUCUUUAUGAUGAGGGGAAAAGCCCACCAGCAUCUACAUGAUAUUUAUAAUUAUUAACCUUUCAGCAAAACCACACAAAACCACUGUCUUCUCUGUUAUUUAACUGUUUUCAGACGUUUAUUUGGACCGUAGGUCCUGACCGCAUACCGACGAGAACCGUCUCUACCUGACGUCACAGGAUCCCGUUCCUAACACGGAAACCGUAGUGGGUGCGAGGGGCUCGUCGUCGUUUAGUCGUUAUUGUUGUGAUGGUCUGAUCUGUCAUCUACUUCUAUCCAAUAAUAAUAAUAAAAAAAGCGCGUCGAUAUGAAAAUAAGACUUUUAUUAAGGAAAAUGUUUUAACAAACGAAGCCCUGUCGCUUGUUUGACCAAAUGGAUGCGACCGCUGUAGAAAAGUUUACAGAUUAUUCGACCUCUGUUCUUGUAACUUUUUUUUAGCAAGUUUCUUUCUGUCGAUUUGAGAUUCCCGUAGAUCGUAGAUCUACAGCCAUGAAGCGGAAGUUAGCGCGCGGUCUCCUGCUGCUGCUGCUGCUGUCUUGGAAAGGAACCGAAUUACAGGUGAAGUCAGUGAGUGUAACUCUACCAGAGUCUCUGCUGUUUGUUUCUACUCUGGAUGGGAGUCUACACGCUGUCUCCAAGCAGUCUGGGGACAUCAAAUGGACGCUCAAAGAAGAUCCCAUCAUCCAGGUGCCUGUUUACCUCACUGAGCCAGGGUUUCUCCCUGACCCCAACGAUGGCAGUCUCUACGUCCUGGGAGGAAAACACAAGGAAGGACUGAUGAAACUGCCCUUCACCAUCCCAGAGCUGGUCCAGUCAGCUCCCUGUAGGAGUUCUGAUGGAGUCCUCUACACUGGUAAGAAGCAGGAUGUGUGGUUUGUGGUUGAUCCCCAGACAGGAGAGAAACAGACCAGCCUGUCCACAUCAUCAUCUGACUCCAUCUGCCCCAAUGCACCGCUGCUAUACAUAGGACGUACAGAGUACAUGAUAACGAUGUAUGAUACGAAGACACAGGAGCUGAGGUGGAACGCCACGUACAACGACUACUCUGCCCCGCCGUACGAUGAGAAACACGACUACAAGAUGGCCCAUCUCGUCUCCAGUGGUGAUGGGUUGGUGGUGACCGUAGACAGAGAGUCAGGUGAUGUCCUGUGGAUGCAAAACUAUGGGUCACCUGUGGUGGGUGUGUACCUGUACAGCCAGGACUCUCUGAGACAUGCCCCUCACCUGUCGGUUGCCAUGGAGACGCUGCGUUACCUCACCUUCUCGUCCCACGACACACACACCAUGAAGUGGAGCUACCAGUUUGUCACGGAGCAGGCCAGCACACACACACAGCUGGUGCCCACUCUGUAUGUAGGGAAGCUGGACUCUCACCUUUAUGCCUCCACCUCCCUGGUUCACGACGGAGUCUCUCUAGUGCCGCGGGGCUUGACGCUGGCGCGUAUCGAGGGACCGGAGACCGAGGAGGUGACGGUCAGGGAGAAGGGAGAGUGCGAGAUCAUCCCGCCUACUGAUGUACAAUACCCGCCAGGAUCCACCAACACACUGAACAACCAGUGGCUGCUCAUAGGUAACUACCCGCCAGGCUCCACCAACACACUGAACAACCAGUGGCUGCUCAUAGGUAACUACCCGCCAGGCUCCACCAACACACUGAACAACCAGUGGCUGCUCAUAGGUAACUACCCGCCAGGCUCCACCAACACACUGAACAACCAGUGGCUGCUCAUAGGUAACUACCCGCCAGGCUCCACCAACACACUGAACAACCAGUGGCUGCUCAUAGGUAACUACCCGCCAGGCUCCACCAACACACUGAACAACCAGUGGCUGCUCAUAGGACAUCACGAGUUACCCCCGGUAGCCCACACCACCAUGUUGAGAGACUUCCCGGUAAACCUGCAGCGUUCCGGUGAUGCCGUUAUCCCGACCCGGCCUCAGAACAACCGCUACGCAGACCAUCCUUUCCAGUCAGUAGGUCACGGUGUUGGAGGGGGUCCUGGUGGUUUGGGUCCCAGCGGAAGCAGAAGGACCCGAGCGGGAUCAAGAUCAGGGUUGUCCUCUGUCCUGCCCGACUAUAUAUACCAGGACCCUGUUACCGUGGUGAUACUGUCUCUACUGCUGGGAGGAUGGCUUGCCUUCGCUCUGACUUAUCCACAGCGUGUAACCCAGCAGCAGAAUGACCAGAGGCAGCAGUUGGACGAAGCGUUGGAAUCCCGCCUCCAACACCUGCUAGACACGCCCUCUUCUGCAGACACACCCCUUCCUCCAGCAGACACCACACCCCUUUUCCCAGGCACCCCCUCUCCUGGAGCCCAGACCCAGUCUGCAGACUCACAGCCGUCCGCUGUGGACCCUCCUCUCUCUGGCUCGCCCGGUAACAGUAGUGACGCUGUGGCUAGGAACGGAUCCGCUGGAACGCGGCACACACAUGAUGGAGGGAUAGAGGAGGUGGAGGUGGGGAAGAUCUCCUUCUGUCCAUCAGAGAUUCUGGGACAUGGAACCGAAGGAACCUUUGUCUUCCGGGGCCGUUUUGACGGCCGUCUGGUGGCUGUGAAGCGGAUCCUCCCAGAAUGUUUUGACGUCGCAGAGCGAGAGGUCCAGCUGCUCCGGGAGUCGGACGAACAUCCAAACGUCAUCAGAUACUACUGCACUGAGAGAGACAAACUAUUCACCUACAUCGCUAUAGAACUGUGUGCUGCUACGCUACAACAGUAUGUGGAAGAUCCGUCGUGCCACGUUGGUCUCAGCCCCGUUACUGUACUGCAACAGACCAUGUGUGGUCUCAGUCACCUCCACUCACUAAACAUAGUCCACAGGGAUCUGAAGCCUCGUAACAUCCUGUUGUCUCAGCCAGGGCCCCUGGGGUGGGUGAGAGCGCUGAUAUCAGACUUUGGCCUGUGUAAAAAGAUCCCUGAGGGAAGGACUAGUUUCUCUCUCCGCUCGGGGAUACCGGGGACAGAGGGGUGGAUCGCCCCGGAAGUACUGCUGGACACACCGGGAAACAACCCGACCCGUUGUGACCAGGCUGUGGACGUGUUCUCAGCUGGCUGUGUUUUCUACUACGUGGUCAGUAGAGGGCAGCACCCGUUUGGCGACACGCUACGACGCCAAGCUAACAUCCUGACCGGGGAGUACUUCCUCACUCACUUCCUGGAAGACGUGCACGAUGACGUCAUAGCGCGGGACCUGAUAGAGCGAAUGAUCAGCGGCGAUCCGGAGUCCCGCCCCUCCACUUCCUCUAUUCUUAAACACCCGUUCUUCUGGAGCCCUGAUAAACAACUGCAGUUCUUCCAGGAUGUGAGCGACCGUAUAGAGAAGGAAGCUCCAGAUGGCUCCUUGGUGGUCAGACUAGAGACGGCUGGUAGAGCCGUAGUACGAACCAACUGGAGGAUGCACAUCUCUGUUCCUCUCCAGACAGACCUGAGGAAGUUCAGGACGUAUAAAGGGAACUCAGUCAGAGACCUGCUCCGAGCCAUGAGAAAUAAGAAGCACCACUACCAUGAGUUGCCAGCGGAGGUCCAGGAGACGUUAGGCGAGGUACCCGAAGGCUUCGUCAGUUACUUCACCUCCCGGUUCCCGCGGUUACUGCUACACACGCACGCCGCGCUCAGCAGCUGUUCACAUGAGAGACUUUUCCACCCCUACUACCUUCCCCCCACCGCCAAAUAACACACACACACACACAGGAAAGGUCGCUGGUUCAAAUCCCCCCAGCCGACUAAAGUGUAAGUUGCUCUGGAUAAGAGCGUCUGCUAAAUGACUCCAAUGUCAAGUGUAUAUAACACUUUACUGUAGUAGAGCCGGAAUGGCUGCUUCAUGAAUAUUCAGAGAGAGAGAGAUUGUUGAAUGGCUGCUUCAUGAAUAUUCAGAGAGCGAGAGAGACUGUUGAAUGGCUGCUUCAUGAAUAUUCAGAGAGAGAGAGACUGUUGAAUGGCUGCUUCAUGAAUUUUCAGAGAGGGAGAGAGACUGUUGAAUGGCUGCUUCAUGAAUAUUCAGAGAGCGAGACUGACGAAUGGCUGCUUCAUGAAUAUUUAAAGAGAGAGACUGUUUGAAUGACUGCUUCAUGAAUAUUCAAAGACAGACCGGUGAAUGAUUGCUUCAUGCUUCAUGAAUAUUCAGAGACACACUGGUGAAUGACUGUCUCAUUAAUAUUCAGAGAGACAGACUGUUUGAAUGACUGCCUCAUGAAUAUUCAGAGACAGAGUGUUUAUUUUUUUUAAACUGCUGUUAAUGUUUUACUCGUAACUUACAAGAUAAACUGAUUUUAACUUUCACCUGGUUUUGAUUAGGAUAGUUAAAUACCCUGCUCUGAUAGGAUAGUCUGAUACGCUGGAGAAGGCUGAUGGUCGUAAACGAGGUCGUCGUGGUAACAACCAGAGUACUGUGUGUUUUUCCCGUUUUGCUAUUUGAAAUCGUGUGGUUCUAAGGACGGGGUUGGGCGGAGCAGGUCACAGGACGACGGAACGACGACCCUGAACGGAUUUCUGCGAAGACUGUUGAUGCCGUCGGAGAUGCACUUAACUGGACGGUGGUUUUGGGGUCCCUGAUAUAUGGAGGGGUCAAAUCUGAUGCCCUAUUUCUCUCUAUGUAGUGCACUAAGUAGUACAGGGGGUCAAAUCUGAUGCCCUAUUUCUCUCUAUGUAGUGCACUAAGUAGUACAGGGGGUCAAAUCUGAUGCCCUAUUUCUCUCUAUGUAGUGCACUAAGUAGUACAGGGGGUCCAAUCUGAUGCCCUAUUUCUCUCUAUGUAGUGCACUAAGUAGUACAGGGGGUCCAAUCUGAUGCCCUAUUUCUCUCUAUGUAGUGCACUAAGUAGUACAGGGGGUCCAAUCUGAUGCCCUAUUUCUCUCUAUGUAGUGCACUAAGUAGUACAAGGGGUCCAAUCUGAUGCCCUAUUCUCUCUAUGUAGUGCACUAAGUAGUACAGGGGGUCCAAUCUGAUGCCCUAUUCUCUCUAUGUAGUGCACUAAGUAGUACAGGGCAUAGUAAGGGGGUCCAAUCUGAUGCCCUAUUCUCUCUAUGUAGUGCACUAAGUAGUACAGGGGAUAGUAAGGGGGUCCAAUCUGAUGCCCUAUUCUCUCUAUGUAGUGCACUAAGUAGUACAGGGGAUAGUACAGGGGGGUCCAAUCUGAUGCCCUAUUCUCUCUAUGUAGUGCACUAAGUAGUACAGGGGAUAGUAAGGGGGUCCAAUCUGAUGCCCUAUUCUCUCUAUGUAGUGCACUAAGUAGUACAGGGGAUAGUAAGGGGGUCCAAUCUGAUGCCCUAUUCUCUCUAUGUAGUGCACUAAGUAGUACAGGGGAUAGUACAGGGGGGUCCAAUCUGAUGCCCUAUUCUCUCUAUGUAGUGCACUAUGAAGGGAAUAGGUGUGGAAACACCAGUGGGAUAUUUUUUUUGACAUUGAAGACUUUUUUCUUACUGAUACAUUUGUGGUUUUAUACAUUGAUGAUCUGUAUUCCUUUAAUUAGAGAUUAUACAUUAUGGAUUAAAUCCCAGACUGCUCUCAGUUUUUUUUUUUUACUCAGAUUACAGACUUUUUGGAGGGAAAACUUUUAUAUAUAUAUAUAUAUAUAUUUUUGGGAAUAAUAAAAUGAAAAAUAAAAAUAAAUAAACAUGUUUGAACAUCU